AGAAAAAAAAUAAGAAAAAUUCUCAUAUUUGAUUUGAGAAAACAUUCAAACCUUCCAAUAUAUAAUGACAAGUAAUCGCACCCCAAAUCACAGAAAGAACUUAAACACUUGUUCGCCAAGAACACUCUCUGCAUUUACCAUGACUUCGAAUAUAACUUUAUUCCUAACUGCAGCCUUCCUCUUUUUAUCUUCCUCUGCUUCUUCUCUUCCUCCUUCCAGACUCCUCCUUGGCCGCCAACUCAACAAACUUCCUCAUCCUGUUGUUAUCUUGAUUUCCUGUGAUGGCUUUCGAUUUGGGUUCCAACACAAAACACCAACUCCAAAUAUCAAACGUUUAAUUAGUCAAGGGACAGAAGCCGAAACAGGCCUAAUUCCUGUUUUCCCAACACUAACAUUUCCAAAUCAUUACUCAAUUAUCACUGGCUUGUAUCCAGCUUAUCAUGGAAUUGUUGGUAAUUCUUUUAUUGAUCCAAAAACUGGUGACUCUUUCGAUCAGCAAAAUUUUGACUCGAAGUGGUGGCUUGGGGAGCCUUUGUGGGAAACUGUAGUGAAUCAAGGCCUCAAUGCUGCUACAUUUUUCUGGCCUGGCUCUGAGGUGAAUAGAAGUUCUUGGACUUGCCCGUCAAAAUAUUGUAGACAGUUUAAUAAAUCUGUACUGUUUGAGGAGCGAGUUGAUACAAUCUUGAGUUAUCUUGAUUUGCCAACUAGUGAUAUUCCAUCUUUCAUGACAUUGUAUUUAGACGAUCCAGAUGCUCAGGGUCACAAGGUUGGCCCUGAUCAUCCUCAAAUUACUGAAGCUGUUGCUAACAUUGAUAGGCUGGUAGGAAGAAUGAUUAGCGGUUUGGAGAAACGAGGGAUUUUUGAAGAUGUUCAUGUGAUCCUGGUUGGUGACCACGGAAUGGUUGGUACAUGUGAUCAAAGGCUAAUCUUUUUGAAAGAAUUAGCUCCAUGGAUUGACAUUCCAGAGAACUGGAUUGAGAGAUACACUCCAUUACUUUCUAUUCGCCCACCACCUAAUGUCUUAGCGGAUGAUGUUGUUGCCAAGAUCAACAAGGGAUUAAACUCUGGGAAAGUUGGUAAUGGCAAGUAUUUGAAAGUGUAUCUUAAAGAGAACCUGCCUAGUCGGCUGCAUUACUCAGAUAGUGAUCGGAUCACCCCCAUUGUUGGAUUAGCUGAUGAAGGAUUUAAAGUGGAGAUGAACAUAUCAGUAGCUAGACAAUGUGCAGGAGCACACGGGUAUGACAAUGCAUUUUUCUCAAUGAGGUCCAUAUUCAUCGGCCAUGGUCCUAGGUUUGCUAAGGGAGUAAAAGUGCCUUCUUUUGAAAAUAUCCAGAUUUACAAUUUGGUUACAUCGAUCCUCAAUAUAAAGGGUGCUCGCAAUAAUGGUACGUCAUCUUUUCCUAAGAAGGUUCUUUUGCCUCGCCACAACUAAAAACCUGUAAAUUGAGGAUUUAUGUAGCAGUGGCAGCUACAACUGGAGUUUGAAGUUACUGGAUUAUAAUUGCUGACAUACUAAAACUGUGAAAUUGCUUUAAUGUACUUUAUUAGGUCAGUAAUAACUUGGUUUUUCUUGUACUGGUGCUUCAAAUUUUUUUUUCCCAAUAAGAUGUGUAUUGUUUAUCAGACUUCUGUAUACAGUAUCCUACUGGCCAAAGGCCUCGUACACAAUCAUAUGUGUAGUACUGAAAAGGCGUAAAUAAUUAUUUCAUUGUAAAUUGAUAUGAUUUCU